UUUAGAACAUGGAAAAUGGCGAAAGAAGUGAAUGUUAAGUGGUUAGGAAGGAAAUAAUUACUUCUAAACAUGUGUUUCAUAUCAACCACAUCUUAUUUAACGGGUUAAUUAUCAGAUAUAUAUAAUUAAGUGUUGAUCCGGAUAUAAUGAGUACCGAUAAAGUGCGUGUAGCGGUAAGAGUGCGACCCUUUAAUCGCAGAGAGAUAAAACUGUCUACAAAAUGUGUAAUAGAUAUGGAGCCUACACAGACAGUCCUCUACAGCCCUCAUGAUGGUGGAGGGGACAGAGCAGGAGGGGGAAGGAAAGCCCCAAAGACUUUUGCCUUUGAUCACUGUUUCUGGUCUAUUGAUGAAAACAAUCCAAAAUUUGCAGGACAAGACCAUGUAUUUAAUGCCCUUGGAAAAGAUGUGUUGGAAAGAGCGUUUGAAGGCUACAAUGCCUGUAUAUUUGCCUAUGGACAGACAGGUUCAGGGAAAUCCUACACUAUGAUGGGCACAUUCCAGGAUACUGGGCAUGGUAUCAUUCCAAGACUUUGUAACGCCAUGUUUUCUAAGAUUGACAGUCACUGUGAUGAUGAGAGUUUAGCCGUCAAGGUCGAAGUGUCAUAUAUGGAAAUUUAUAAUGAAAAAGUUCAUGACCUGUUAGAUCCAAAAGGGAGUAAACAGAAUUUAAAAGUACGGGAACACAAUAUAUUGGGACCAUAUGUAGACGGCUUGUCACAACUUGCUGUAUCAUCUUUUGAAGAUAUUGACAACCUUAUGAGUGAAGGGAACAAAUCCAGAACUGUUGCUGCCACCAACAUGAACAAUGAGAGUAGUCGAUCACAUGCUGUCUUCAACAUCAUACUUACACAGACAUUAACAGAUAUCUCUUCAGGGGUCAGUGGGGAGAAAGCCAGCAAGAUAAGUUUGGUAGAUUUAGCUGGUAGUGAACGUGCUCAGAAAACUGGUGCUGUGGGGGACCGUCUCAAAGAGGGAAGCAACAUCAACAAAUCUUUAACAACUCUAGGAUUAGUAAUAUCAGCUUUAGCCGACCAGUCAGCGGGGAAGAAGAAAGAUAAGUUUGUACCAUACAGAGAUUCUGUCUUAACAUGGCUUCUCAAAGAUAAUUUAGGUGGUAAUAGUAAGACUGUAAUGGUAGCCACACUGAGUCCAUCUGCUGAUAAUUACGAGGAAACAUUAUCCACACUUCGUUACGCUGACAGAGCUAAACGCAUCGUUAACCAUGCUGUAAUCAAUGAAGACCCAAAUGCUAAAAUUAUACACGAUUUGAGAUCAGAACUCGAAAAUCUGAAAUGUCAGUUAAAUGAAGCACAGAGUAUGAAGGCUCCUUUGUUAAAAGAAAGACUGGAAGAAUCAGAAAAAAUAAUGAAAGAAAUGACCAAAACUUGGGAAGAAAAGUUAAAAGAAACAGAAAAAAUACACAAGGAGAGACAUGAUGCCUUAGAACAGAUGGGUGUAUCAGUAGAGAAAUCUGGUAUAAAGGUGGAAACGGGAAAAUAUUUCCUUGUCAAUCUAAAUGCUGACCCCUCCCUGAAUGAAUUACUGGUGUAUUAUCUUAAGGACCAUACCUUGAUUGGCAGACAUGAUGCUCCAAAACAACAAGAUAUACAACUCAGUGGUCUGGGAAUUAUGCCUGAACAUUGUAUGGUGGAUGUAGAAAAUAAUGAUGUAUAUGUUUCCCCACUAGAGGGCGCUAGAACUUGUGUUAAUGGAUCUCUGAUUGGGGAGAAGACAAGAGUCAGACAUGGAGACAGGAUUUUAUGGGGGAUCAAUCAUUUUUUCAGAAUUAAUUGUCCAAAAUUAAACAGUCCGCAGAGUGCAACUGAACCUGAACAACAGAUAGAUUACAGUUUUGCUCAACAAGAAUUAAUGGAUAAACAGUUCAGUAAUGAUCCUAUUCAAGAGGCUAUAGAGGGAAUUGUUAAACAACAUCAAGAAGACAAGGAAGAGGCAUUAGAACAACAAAGAAAACAGUACGAAAGACAAAUGCAGUUGCUAAGGAACCAGAUCAUGUCACCUGGUACCCCAUCCAUGCCUAUUCUACCAUUCAGUAUGAACUUUACAUCACCAACAGGUUCAACUAAUAGUGGGAUACAGAAACGUUAUCAGAAAUGGGCAGAAGAAAGAGAGAAGACAUUUAAACAAAGUCUAGUAAAGUUAAGAGAGGAAGUAGCAAAGGCCAACGCCUUGGUACAGGAAGCUAAUGUGUUAGCUCAGGAAAUGGGAAAACGAACGGAAUUCCAUGUCACUCUCCAGAUACCAGCAUGUAACCUUAGUCCUAACAGACGGAAAGGAACAUUUGUGAGUGAACCAGCCAUCUUGGUUAAGAGGAAGAACCGUACCAAUCAGAUCUGGUCCAUGGAGAAGUUUGAGAACAAGUUGAUAGAUAUGAGGGAUAUGUACGAGGAGAGGAAGUCACAGGGGCUCCCUAUGAUGGUACUGGAAGAUAUUGAUGACGAGUCGGGGGAUGAUGGCCCAGCAGUGAAAGGAGAUCCAUUUUAUGAGUCCCAGGAAAAUCAUAACUUAAUUGGUGUAGCUAAUGUCUUCCUUGAAUGUUUGUUUCACGAUGUCAAACUGGACUACCAUGUACCAAUUAUAAGUCAACAAGGGGAGGUGUCUGGUAAACUACACAUAGAGAUAUCCAAGCUAGGAGGAUCCUUUAUGGACCGUUAUGGUGAUAUUAAUGAAGAUGAAGACGACGAAAGUCCAGUAGAGAGACGUUCUGCUCCAAUGAUUGUCAGGAUACGUAUCCAUCAGGCCAAAGGUCUACCACCAGCUCUGUGCCAUUUUGUGUUCUGUCAGUACACAUUCUGGGGACAUGAUGAGUCUGUAGUUGUCCCCCCUGAAAUACAUCCUGAAGCUGGAGAAACAGAGGACACUAAGAUGUUUAUUUUUAAACAUUCUAAGGAUUUCAAAGUACAAACCACAGAAGAAUUUAUAGAAUAUUGCCAGGAUGGUGCAUUAUCUAUAGAAGUCUGGGGUCAUAGAAGUCAAGGAUUUAAUAUAAAUGAUAAAACUGUAGACAAUGUUAAUAUCAGAUCAAGGUCAUUGUCAGAAAGAUGGCAGGAAGUAAUGAGAAAGAUUGAAAUGUUUGUUGAUGUACAAGAACUUAACCACCAGGGGGAGUAUGUUCCUGUUGUAGUACAGCCACGUCCUGAUGUUCCCUCGGCUGGAGUGUUUCAGUUACAACAGGGUCAUACAAGGAGAAUAGGUGUAAAAGUGAAACCUAGUAAAAAUUCAGGAACUUUGCCGUUAAUAUGUGAAUCUAUAUCAUCAGUAUCUGUGGGAUGUAUUUGUUCUCGGAGUAAAAUGACGCAGAAAGGACUUGAUAGUUAUCAGGAGGAAGAUUUAUCAUUAUUAAGAGAUCGAUGGUCGGAGGCAUUGGAAAGACGAAAGGAAUAUUUGAAUGAACAAAUACAGAAACUUAUAAACAAGCAAGAUAAAUCUGAGGCUGAUGCUGAUCGUGAGAGGGCUCUGAUGGAUCAGUGGGUGUGUCUAACAGAGGAGAGGAAUGCUGUAAUGGUACCCUCCCCAGGAAGUGGUAUACCUGGGGCACCUGCUGAUUGGGACCCACCAGAUGAUAUAGAACGACAUACACCAGUUGUCUUCCUUGAUCUGAAUGCUGAUGAUCUGAGUACACCCAGUGCUAGAGAAGGAUUACAGGCUGCAGGCUUCAACUCCAUUCUUCCCAAAGAACAAUCAUCUCAAUUCUUUAAUCUUCCAAUCAUUAAAAACAUCACAGAUAAGGACAGCAUAUCUGCUGUUGUAUCAUGGGAUUCAUCCAUUCAUGAUUCACCAAAUUUAAAUCGUGUUACUUCAUCAAAUGAGCGUGUUUAUAUGAUAUUAAAAGCUGUAAUAAGACUUAGUCAUCCAGCGUACUUGGAAAUAGUGUUACGGAAAAGAAUUUGUCUCAAUAUUUAUACAAACUUUAGUAUUACAAGUCUGACUGAUAGAUUAAAGAAAAAAAUUACUGGCCAGGAGAAACUGUUUUCUAGUGGAAUUUCAUAUGAAGUUGUUUCAAAUAUACCUAAGGCUUCUGAAGACUUAGAGAACAUGGAAACCUUAGCACAGAUGGCUGCGUCACAGAAUGAAGUGACUGCUGACGGAGAAACUUACAUUGAAAAAUAUAUCAAAGGAGUCUCAGCUGUUGAGAGUAUAUUGACAUUAGACAGACUUAGACAGGAAGUGAAAGUAAAGGAAUUGACAGCAGCACAAGGGAGAGCACUCCGGAAAACAACAAGUACACCAAAUAUUCCUAAUGCUGGCUUAACACCUACCAAAUUUGAUGGACAGCUAAGAGCAGACAGUAUCCAAGAUUUAUCAUGUGACAGUUUAUCUCCAGGGAGACGGUUGUCACAGCCUGGUAGGUUUUUUCGUAAAAGGUCAAGGUCGGAUGUUGGAAAAAGCCUGAAAAUCUUUGCAAAGGAACUGAAAAAACAAUGUAAAAAUUUAGCUGCUUCACCCAAAUCUUUACUUAGUCCCAUGGGUUCAAAGGUCAAACCAAUGUCAACUUUAGUAGAAGAACAACAACAGAGAGAGUCCAAACCAUUGCUGAAGAGAGAGGAUUCAGAUGAGGAAUUUGAUGAAGCUGACCUUGCCGACAUUCAAAGGAGAAAAUUCCAGUCUGCCAUAGAGCCAGAGCCUAAUAGUGUUAGUUCUGAUGAUUUCCAAGACUUUGAAUCUUAUCAAAGUCAACAGCCACAACCUGAAGAAAAUCCAAUGAAUUCAACAGCCGAGGAAAUUCCUCAUUCUUCUACAAAUGACAGUUUAGCUGAGAUACAAGGGAAAAAUUUCACUCCCAGUUUAGUUUCCAGUGGUUACGGGUCACAGGCAGUUUCCAUGUUGACUUUGUCAUCAGAAGAUUCAUUGAGUUUAAGAAGUAUGGAAGAUAAUAAUGAUGGCCAUAAAGACUCUAGAGGGAGUCAGAAAGGCAGUAUUGAACAAAGUAGUGAAAGUGAUGAAGACCAACAUGGUGUUUCUGAUGUUUGUCAUUCUGAGUCAGAUGAACGUUUAACUGAAUGUAGCAGUACUAAUGUAAUGGAAGCUUCUGAUUCAGAUUCAAAUAAAACCGUUUUAUCACAGGAGAAAUUAGAGACUGAAGAGAAUGUGGACAGUAAUUCUACGGAAGCCUCAAAGGGUGCUGAAUCCAACAUGGAAUCAAAUCUAACGGGUGCUCGUGCAAUAGCAACUAAAACUGUUGAUGGUGUAGAUCCUUAUAGUGAAACUGCAAUGGAAGAACUGGAAAAAUUAGGUUUUGAUGAAGAGGAGGAAGAUAUUCAGGAAGAUAAAAAUAAUGGCUCGCAAAUUGAAUUGUUUAUUGCAGAAGAAAAUGAUGAAAAAUCUGCUAAAAAUAGAACUACAGAAAAAUUAAUUUCUAACAAGAGCUUCACACCUCCUAGUACUUUGGAAAAGACAAAAGGUGUGAUUAAACGUCCACAGCGACCUUUAUCUUGUGUACUGCCAGUAGAUCAAAGUGUUAUAGAAGAAAGCAUGAAGAGAAAUAGUCUACAAUUACAUAUGUCUGAUGAAGAAGACAUUGAACAUGAUGAUUCCUUGAGCACCUGUUCCUUUGGUAGUCGGGCAGAUUUAGAUAGAUUACAAGAAGUACCUGUGCCAGCGUGGAUUAUCAUCGGUGAAAGUGUGAUUGUUACACCAUCCAAAGGUCCACAGAAAACUGGAGUUGUACAAUUUGUGGGGCCAGUAGAGUUUGCUGCUGGACCUUGGGUCGGAGUAGAAUUAGAUUUACCUGAAGGGAAAAAUGACGGGUCUGUGAAUGGAAUUCGCUACUUUAAGUGCAGGUCAAGACAUGGUAUCUUUGUACGACAUGAUAAACUUAUUCUUGACAAGAAAAGGAGAGGAUCUCGUAAACGUGCAAGCACGGACUCAAAACGUGCUGGAAAUAUGCUUAACAGAUCUCCUGCUAACCAAACCAAAACCGGCAAUUCUGGAAACUUGUUAAAAGGAACUGCAUCUAGUAGUGCUAAGAAGAAAUUAUGAGAAAAAUAGGCUUUUAUUUUCAGUCUUUGACAAAUUGUGGUAUUUUGCACAGAUGAGUAUUGUACUUUAUGAAAUUUAACUCAUGGUAGGACAAUAUUGUAUCAAUGAAUGCUAACAUUCAUGAAAUGCUGUAAACCAACUUAUUUUUUGUGGAUAUUUUUUUCAGCCGAGGCCAUUUUAGCCAGUUUUGCAAUUGUCUAUAACCGGAAUAAUUCAGUCAUUAUAAUCCUCUUGUCAAUAUGUUGACUACAUGAACACCUGAGGGCCUAGUUGAUGAAAAAUCAUCUACACACUAAAGUCACCAAAGUUAAUUAGUGUACAGUAACAAAAGAAAUGCAUCUAAAUAAUUAUUAUAUUUAUUGUUAAAAGGGACCAUGGAUAGAUUGUCUUUGCCAUAUCUGAGAAGAAACAUAUAUUAAUUUUUCCCUGUUUUUCAAACGAUCCCUAUUUUUAAAUACAAAACCCUAAAACAAGUUCAACCUGAGAAAAAAAUUGGAUUUCUGUUACUUAAUCUAAUAUUUUUCUCUAUGGUGAAUAUUUCCUAUAAAAUGAAAAUGGUAGAAAGAUUACCACUGUGCAUUCCAAUAUUUGUCAUGUGACUGAAUUUUAUAUCUAUUUAUAGUAACUAGUACCAGUUGAUAUCUAUUUUUAGAUAAAAAUUCUGUGAUUUAUUUUUAGCAGUCUGAUAGAAAUCGAUGCCAUAAAUGUUGUCUAUUUUCCCCCAUAUAGAUUGUUAAUCCAGUAGACCUAUAGUGUAUAGGUGUAAUUAGGGCAUUUAUAGACCUUAGCUUGAUGGGUAUAAUUAGGGCAUCAAUAGAACUUAGCUUGUAUGUAAAAACAACUUCUACGAGAUCUUCAGCAGGUACCCAAAAAUUAGUGUAUAUGAAAUUUAUCAAAAACAAGAUGUACUUUUUAAUAUUCAAAUACAAAAAAAAAAAAAUCAACUCAAAAAGAAAAUAUGUUAACAAAUAUUUGGGAAAAAACAUGCUCGUUAUAUUUUUAGAGAUGGAUGAUAAUAGGAGUAUACUCUAAUUUUAAACCCUUUUGAAAGAAAAACUGAAGUGCAUUGGGAAAAAUUGAGGCUUGCCUUAUUUUAUGUGGUGAUUCAAAAUGAAAAUCAAGUGUAGAUUUACUUAGAUCAAACAGUAUUUCAUCAUGAAUUUAAAGAAGUAGAAUUGGACAGUGUGUUAACUCGAACAGUAUAGCAUACAAGUUGUAGAAUAGAAAUUUUAGGUGUAUUUUUGAAAACAAGAGAUUUUAAAUCAAUAAUAUUCAGCAAAAGUACAGUAUUAUAGAAUUUGAUAAAAAAAAAAAUAUCAUCGCUCAAAUUUUGAAAUGCCAAAAUUAGAAUUAGGUAAUAUUAUAGAAGUAUUUUUCCAAAGUCCAUUUAGAUAGCAAUUUUGUUUAACAAAUAUUAACAAAUAAAAAUAUUUCUUCCUAAAGGUUUGUUUCUCUAUACAAUUUACUUUUAUAACCUGAAAAUUCAUCAUGAAUUUAAAAAUUAUAAAGGUUCCAAUUGAAUUAGAUAAUUCCCUUGAAUUCUACUUUUUCAGAACAGCUGGUUAUUUUUUUAAUCAACUUGUGAAGUGCUUGCUUUCAGUUAUUUAUUGAUCAAAAUCAAUUAUGAUGUCAAAUGUCCAUGCCAUGCUCUGAUUUGGCCCAUAUAUCAUCAACGAAGGAGACCAUGUCUUGUCUAAGGACAUUUUAUACAUGGUAAGAACACAAUUAAGUUGUGCAGAUGACCAGGCUAAAACAUCAGACUGCUGCAUAGUGUCGAAAAUUCAACUGAGAAAUUAUUUCAUCUCUGUACUUGUUUAAAAUUUCCAGCUGUGAACAUUUUAAUUUCAAAUAUCUAAAAUACUUAGCUUAUGUUAUAUCCUAAGGGCUGUUCCAAAAUUAAUAGCAUGGGGGGAUGGAAGAUUGUUUUACUCAUUAUUCUUGCAAAAUUCUAAGAAAAAUGCAACCACCCAUAUUUAAUUAAUUUGAGUGUCUCCCAUCCCCCACCCAUAAAUUUUGGCACAGUCCAUAUGGAUGCAGCAGUAAAGCUGUUAGAUAAAAUAAUAUUUACCAGACAGCAUUCAUGUCAAAUAUUGAAUAAUUUGAAACAUAUGUCAAAGGACAUGCUAAAGUAAAAACAUAUGUCAAAGGACAUGUAAAAGCAAAAACCUAUGUCAAAGGACAUGUUAAGGCAAAAACAUUUGUCAAAGGACAUGUCAAAGCAAAAACAUAUGUCAAAGGACAUGUUAAAGCAAAAACAUAUGUCAAA